AUGUCAGUUCAUUUAGGGUACGUGUGUGAAUCGAACUAUCUGCAAAAUGUUGCAAAGAAAAGAGCCAGCAAAUCAUUGUUCCGAAAACAGACUCUUACUAAUCGGAUGAAACCGUUGCAUAUGGACGGAAGACAAGGUGCUGUGCCCCCCCAACCACUGUCCAAAACAAAUGCGCUGGAAAAUUAUGAGUCCCAAGUUACUGGGUAUCCAGCAAAAAUAGCCUGUAAUUUUGCUGCUUCAAGCACCGAAAGUGUUCAGGUGGCUCUUAAACAAGAGCUGGAUGAUACGGAUAGUGGUAACGUAAUGAACCGUUCGGUACUUUCAAAUCCGGCUUGGUAUAGGGACGAUGAGGGUCGAACCGGAUAUAAGCCGAAAACUUGGCAUCACAACGGAAGGGAACAACGUAGCCAGGUAAAAAAACUGAAGCACGAAAAAAAUGAAGGAGUUGCUGGAAAUUUGGGAUCGCUUGAUUUGGAUAACAGAGGGAUCAGCGAAGCUCGAUUAGAGACAAUAGGUAUAAACGUUGUUGAAGAGAGCGGGGAAAAGGGAGCUAUUUUUGCCUCAAAAUGCGAAAGCGAACCCAAGGCAGAGUACAGGAAAGAAGGGUAUUUAAGGGGAUUUGUUAACGACUUUGCUGGAACAUGGCAGAAGUUAAGCAGCAACAUAUCUACAGAGAAUAACUCAUCAUCGAGCGAUUUAAGUCAGGUCUCUCUUCACUCACAUAAGAGUGUAACUUUUUCGUCACAGGUUGAGAUAAACGAAAUAGAGGAUACUGAAGAGGACGAUAAUAAAGCUAUGUGUCACUCAACAUGUGGGAAAAGUAGAGAACCAUGUUCAUCUUGCUGCUUGAGCAAGAAACGUGAGACCACGGAAAACCAUAAUAAACGUAGGGUUGAAAAGUGGAAAACAUCCAAAAGCAGCAGUGGAGACAGAAAGGAGAUUAGCUGCGCGUCGUUUUUGCUAAACUCUACCUGCUCGGACAGCAUAAUCGUAGAAAAGGAGUCAUUGGAUGAUUACUGUUUUCAAAGUAACUCAAACACAUUGGAGGAACGAAGCAACCCUUCGUUUGUUUCCAGCUCUGAAUAUUCCGACCCUCCUUACGGGAUCAACUACAAGAAUUACGAGGGCAUGUACGACGAGUAUGCUCAUCCUGAAGUUCAUAGUCGAACUAGAAGAGAUAAUCAAGCCUGCUCUAAUGCGGAAGAAGGUUUUCCACAGUAUUUAACCAUCGAUUUCAAAAGGUCGCUGGAAAGCCUUGUACAACUUCUGCCAAGUUUGCCAAGAUCCGCAAGCGGUUAUUUCGAGGAACAUCACAAAGAUUUUCCCACUACUUCCGCAUCAAAAUGCGGAGGUUUUCUUGCAAGUUAUUUGGAGAACUUCAAUGAUGUUAUGCAGAGAUCAUAUUAUGAAAACGUACCUUCAUCCACUUCAUUAGCUGAUGAUUCUAGCUCUAAGAGUUGUCGGUUGUCUAACGCAACUCUGAAACUUAGUGAAAAUAUGUCAGAAUCUGAAUUUAAAUUGCUGGAAAGUCAAAUAAGUCAUGUAACUGAGGGCUUUCAAAUUCAACCAUACAGCCCAUCGAUGCAAUUUCAGUUGCCAGUUUACAGAAUGCAGUCCUUAUCUCGACGGCAGCAACCGUUUUCUGACGAAUAUCUUUUGGGGUUGAGGCUAGGGAGAUUGAGCAAUGAAAGCAUUGCGUCAUCAAGGGAAUCUCUUAUGAGCCUGACGACUUCAGAAGCUGAGAGAAUUGUGAAACGCAAUUUUAACUACUGA